UCCCUCUGUCCUCCCACAUUUAAACUCGCCCACUACCGUCUGCUGUACACAACACUUAACCACUUGCAACAUUUGUUGACAAAUUCUUCGACUUCUUGUUGGUGUCUUUUUUUAUAAUCCACACUUCAGAGGUUGCAUAGGCUAUUGGCAGUAUGAAAGGUUGCAUAGCUUUUGUCUUCAGUGUGGCAGCCCUUAGUAGAUGGGCAUUUGCUGCAGGCACCAAGGAGUUAUCCAUCACCACUAUAAAGCAAGACCCGUACACAAUGACCAAAGGCUCUGGAGGAGAGCUGGAGGGCUACUGCAUCGACCUGAUCGCUGAGCUCAGCCAAAUGCUCGGCUUCAGAUACAAAGUGCAACUGGUGAAGGACAACCGCUAUGGAGUCAUGGAUUCCAGUGGCAACUGGAAUGGAAUGAUUGGUGAACUCAUCAGAGGGGAAGCUGACCUGGCUGUGGCACCACUGACCCUCACCGCCGUCAGAGAGCAAUAUGUUGACAUGACCACCCCCUUCAUGCAAACAGGAAUUGGUUUCAUUCUGCACAAAGACGUGGCCUGUGACGAGAGCUCAUUCAGCCUCCUUGCACCCUUCUCCACUGAAAUGUGGGUGGGCAUCCUCAUUGCGUUCCUGCUCACCGGUAUUUGCAUAUUCCUUGUAGCCAGGAUCAGUCCCACUGAAUGGGCAGAGCCUGACACAGAAGAGCACCAAUUCACUUUACUGCACAGCUACUGGUACAUCACCGGAGCGCUCACCCUGCAAGGUGCUGGUCCUCAUCCCAAAGCUGUACCUGGAAAACUAGUCAGCGCUAUCUGGUGGGUGUUUGCUAUACUACUGCUCGCUUGCUACUUGGCCAACUUCAACUCCACGCUGCACUCAAACAACAAGCACAUCUCGAUCAAGACCUUUGAAGACCUCGUCAACCAGGACAAGAUCGACUAUGGCACAGUGGAUGGUGGAUCCACCAUGCUUUUCUUUAAGAAUUCAAAGAGUACCGUGUACAGGCGCAUCCACCAGCACAUGGAGCGUAAGAAAAGCUACGUGGCAGGCAUGGAAGAAGGCGUCCGCCGUGCUCAGGAGGGAAACUUUGCCUUCAUCGGUGAAGCGGUGUCCUUGGACUUGGCUGUGGCUCGCUACUGCAAACUGACCCGUUCCCAGGAAGUCAUCGCCAUGAGAGCAUAUGGUAUCGCUGCACGUCAGGGUUCCCCACUGGUUCAAAACCUCACCGUGGCCAUUCUUCAGCUGAGCGAAUCUGGCGAGCUGACUUAUUUGCAGAACAAAUGGUGGGCCAGCAGCUGCUUGGGAGACGACGCGGCCCGCACCUCAGAGACCCUCCAGCCUCAUGACCUGCGGGGUCUCUUUCUCCUUCUCGGGCUUGGGCUGGGUGUGGGCCUCCUCCUCGCCCUGCUCGAGCUCGUAUCCAAGGCUCGCAGUGGGGCCAAGGAACAGAAGAAAUCAUGCUGCUCGGUGUUGACAUCUGAGCUUAAUCGACGCUUUGGCAGUGGAGGAGAGGUGGCAGAGCAAGACGCAACUGACAAAAGCAAAGCCUAGUGCAACCAAAACAUAGACAAAAACUAACGGAGGGAGUUUUUUUCCGCAGUAGAUGCAAACACACUUGUCUUUCUGUGUUUCCAUAGUAACGCUGGGUGAUGUUUCAUAUCGGUCCAGAAAUCUGAGUGACCCUAUAAAAUACACCAGAAAGCAACUUUAUGCUAUCAAGACAAAAACAGUGGCACUGACAUUUUAAUUUGGAAAAUUCUAAUCACUUCUAAUAAUGCCUUUACAAUGUAUCUUGCUGGAUUUAUACAAAUAAACAUUACUCGCUUCAAAA